AUGGCGGCGAAGGGGUGUGGAAUUACGGUAGGAUGUAUCCCUAACUGGGGCAAAAGGAGCAUGGUUCGUGAUUGUGGGAGGAUUCGCGUGAUUUGGCAGCAGAUUGAGGGAAAAAUUCCCCGCGGGACUGCGAACGAUGGCAAUCGGACAACAAGCACGCUUUCAUUCGUCCCUAGCAAAGAAGACGAUGGGCAGAACUUGACUUGCAAAGCGGAAAACCCCUCCAUCACUGGAACACCCCCAUUGUCCGACUAUUGGACUCUUCACAUCCAAUGUAAGUAA